AUGGACUCACAAUUGCUCGACCUGUACACCAAUGAAAAUGCGACAUUGUUUUUAGUACAUUCAAACUUGGGUUUCUGGUCGGCAACGUCUGACGAAGGAAGAUCAGCGCACGACAGCUUCACUGUGCAAUUGAAUUUCCCGGCGAGCCGCCCGAUAGUGUUGCAUCCGGCAAUCGAAUUCAUGGCAAUUCCUCCCGUCCGCGUAUUCCUCGGACUGCUGAACAUUUUCGUGUGGUACGCUGCCAAUGGAAUGAAUGGUGUCGCAAUGCAGCAGUACGCUGGAAAUUUACGGGAUGCAAACAUGUCGCUACCGCUAGCGGUUGUAGCAGCCUUGUCUGUCACGUAUAUGCAACUUGUCGCUGGGGCUCUCCUCGGUUUUUUCAUUUUGCGCGUCUUCUACGCGGUAAACCUGGGUGCCUUGCUAGAAAGACCAUGGUCUCAUUGGAUGGGAUUUUUGCACGCGGCUGGCUCCGUUUUUACGAACGCUGGAUUCCUCUACGGAUCUGCUUCUUUGGUACAAGUCAUCAAAUUAUUGGAACCUUUCCAGACAUUGCUGUGGGGACGCUUACUGGGGUCGGAAGACACCAAUUCGUUGCAAUACAUAGCUAGUAUGUCCUUGGUGGUGGGUGGGGCUAUUUCGUUGGUGCGUUCGCGACCCAAUCCUCCUCAUCCCGUCGCCGUCCUCAGUGCCAUACUUUCGGGAUGCACGUUGUCCUUACGCAACGUUUUGCAGCGCGGACAGGUGGUGGCUGCGGAAAGUUAUGACGGAGGCAGUAUCGUACAAACAUCGGUUGUCCAGUUCACUCUCCUUUCCUUCUACGCGAGUAUGUGGGCAGUAGCUUUGGCAGCACUGCUUCACGGUUUGUUUGGAAUUCUUGGCUUGGAUGUUUCCGUCAGCGCCUGGUAUGAACAUAUUCAACCGAGUACAAUCUUUUGGCACCCACUGUACAAUAUGACGUCAGUUACGACCUUAGCCUUCUGCUCUGCUUUAACACACUCCCUUUUGAACGCUGGUAAGCGCAUUGCCUCAAUCAUUCUGGCUAUUGUUUGGUUUCGAGAAGGCUACAGUUUGGACACCGUAACGGGCCUCGUCGUUGUUUCUAUUGGCGGAUGCUGGUACACUCUGGACCGCAAGAAGGGCAAUGGAACGAAACACAAAUCGGCUCCGCUGCAGGAAUCGCUUGUCAAAAUUAUAGCUGCCGUCGCGAUUCUGGUACUGCUGUACAUUCUGCCACUAGCGGCCACUAUUUUCGACAGUAUGAGCAUUCCAGUGGAGACACCUGUGGAAGGAUGA